AUGUCGACUGUCCAGCAUCCGGCAGUUCCAAGUCAUCCUAUUCCUUCCCCUUGCCCCGGCCUCUACCCCCAGCCAUCACCAUGACUUUGCUUGCCCUUUUAAUCCAUUUUCUCUUCUCAUCCAUUCUCCUCUCCGCCCAAGCCGCCUGUGGCCGCUGGCAACUCCUCCAGAAUAGCAUCGGCCUUGUAGCCAUGCACAUGCAGUUACUCCACAACGACCGCGUUGUCAUCUUCGACCGCACCGACUUUGGCUUUUCCAAUUUAUCCUUGCCUCGUGGCAAAUGCCGCCGCGACCCGUACGAGGAGGUUGCUAAGGUCGACUGCACUGCUCACUCCAUCGAGUACGAUGUCUCCUCCAAUACUUUCCGCCCGCUAUUCGUCCAGACUGAUGUCUGGUGCUCCUCUGGCUCCGUCGCCCCCGACGGCCGUCUCGUUCAGACCGGUGGCUUCAACGACGGGGAGCGUGCCGUCAGGAUGUUCAAUCCUUGUCCCGCCUGUGACUGGCAGGAACAAAAUGGCGCGCUCGCAGCUCGUAGGUGGUACGCCACCAAUCACAUUCUGCCAGACGGACGCCAGAUUAUCGUCGGCGGCAGACGGGCAUUCAACUACGAAUUUUAUCCCAAAACACCUGCGGCCAGAAACGCUUAUAGUUUGCCCUUUCUAGUGCAGACAAACGACCCAGGUGCAGAGAACAACCUGUAUCCCUUUGUUUUCUUGAACGUGGACGGCAAUUUGUUCAUAUUCGCCAACAAUCGAGCUAUCCUGUUCGAUUACAGGAAGAGCACAGCGGUCAAGACAUUCCCGCAAAUACCAGGAGGAGAUCCGCGGUGUUAUCCGAGCACAGGAUCCGCGGUCCUGUUACCUUUGAGGAAUCUGCUAAAGGCGUCGAUCGAAGCGGAGGUUUUGAUUUGUGGCGGAGCCCCGAGAGGCUCUUUCAAGCAGGCUAACCAGGGUAGUGCAUUCAUGGGAGCCUUGAAUACCUGCGCUCGGAUAAAAAUAACCGACCCUAAGCCGCAGUGGGUCAUGGAGAAUAUGCCCGGAGCCAGAGUCAUGAACGACAUGCUCAUUCUUCCAAACGGCAACAUUCUGAUCAUCAACGGAGCAGCCGCGGGCACGGCAGGAUGGGAAUUGGGGCGGAACCCGGUGCUGAACCCUUUUGUUUAUAAACCGGACAGCCCGAUCGGGUCUCGGUUCCAGUCGGAGAACCCGUCCAAUAUUCCCCGGGUCUACCACUCGACCGCGGUCUUGCUCCGGGACGGUCGAGUGCUCGUGGGAGGUAGCAAUCCCCACAGGUAUUACAAUUUCACGAAAGUGUUAUUACCAACGGAGCUGAGGUUAGAGGCGUAUUCUCCCUGGUACUUGGAGGCAGAGUUUUCAAACGCGCGUCCAAAGAUUCUAUCGCCAGCUUCUCAGACCAAGGUCAAGUACGGGGACAAGUUGGUGGUGACGUUCAGGGUGACGGCAAUGCUGGCGCCAAAUUCAGUGUCGGUUACGAUGUUGGCGCCACCUUUUAACACGCAUUCUUUCUCUAUGAACCAGAGGCUGCUGGUGCUGGACGUUCUUACAGUGUCCAACCUCGGAAAAUUGACAUUCAGAGUUGAGGUUGUCACCCCCGGUUCGUCUGUCCUGGCACCCCCCGGUUUUUAUCUGCUGUUUGUGGUCAAUCGAGAAAUCCCCAGCGAGGGUAUUUGGCUCCAAAUACUAUGAAGUAUGAACCAAUUAUUUAUAUUAAUAUAUAUAUAUAUAUAUAUAUAUGUAUGUAUGUAUUUAUGUAUGUAUGUAUGUGUAUAGUGCGUGUGUGUUUUAAUUUCUUUAUCUUCCAUUUUGUCAAAUCUCCACCCGUGAAAACUGAAAUGAUCCCCAGGCAUGAACUCAUGAACAUUACGGCACACAGGUUUCUCUGGGGCUCUGUAGCCCACAGCUUUCACUAUAUAUGAUGAUGAGGGUUUUAACUUCCCAAUUUCGUCAAAGAAA